UUGAAUAUAAGUUUUUAACUUUUAGUGCUGUAGAUCGAGGAUUGAAUUUUUCCAAUCAUGCAAAGGGAUAGAGACCCUCUAGUUGUUGGACGUGUUAUAGGAGAUGUUUUGGACCCCUUUGAGAAGUCCAUUGCUCUGAGGGUCACUUACAACAAUAGAGAGGUUAACAAUGGCUGUGAGCUCAAGCCGUCUCAUGUUGUCAGCCCACCUAGGGUUGAUGUAGGCGGUGAUGACCUCCGGACUUUCUACACUCUGGUUAUGGUGGAUCCUGAUGCACCCAGUCCUAGCGAUCCCAGCCUAAGGGAAUACUUGCAUUGGUUGGUGACUGAUAUUCCAGCAACUACCGGGGCAAACUUUGGACAAGAAGUUGUGUGCUAUGAAAGCCCACGACCAACAGUGGGGAUUCAUCGAUUUGCUUUCGUUUUGUUUCGCCAAUUGGGUAGGCAGACAGUCUAUGCACCUGGAUGGCGCCAGAAUUUCAACACCAGGGACUUCGCUGAGCUUUACAACCUUGGAUUACCAGUGGCUGCAAUCUAUUUCAAUUGCCAGAGAGAAAGUGGCUCGGGUGGAAGAAGAACAUGAACGAAAAACCUUCUAUCUUAGAACAUGUAUUAAACAAGAAACUAGUCUACGGAAGUGUGCGUAUAUGCUUAUGGUUUGAAUGUGUGAGCUAUAUAUCUAUAUCUAUAUACUUUGUUACACAUACAAGUGUAACGAAUCUAUAACUAUAUUGCAUGAAAAAAUAAAGAGAGGGAGGAGAAAAAACUAGAGUGAAAAUAGGACGUUGAAAAGAAUUAGGAUUCUCCUCUUGAUCAUAUCUUUUUAUUUACCAUAGUGUCAGUGUUGUAUCAAGCUUUUCAUAAUGUUAAAAUAGUAUUAUAUA